GUGAGAGAAAGAUAACUAUUUAAAAAGGGUGGCGAUCGAAGGUUAAAAAAAAAAAAACAGGAACAAUCCUAUGCCGAAGACAGUUGCCAUCAUGAUGUCCUACAGGAUAUGCCUCGUAUUGUUGGUGUCGGCCAUAUUGUGCUGCAUCUUGGUGGAGUCAUGUGAUGAAGUCAACAUCUGCUCCCUGGAACAGUGUAAAACUGCCCCCUUGUGUCAAUCGAACCGAGAUAACGAGCACAAAUGUGUGAAGCACCAGGAAGGCAGGAAAACUUGCUACUGCUUUCCCCGCUGCGUAGAGAACAUUAAUGAAUGCCAAAAAAGUACGAGGUGUAGCUAUGUCUUUUGUGCGUACUAUCCGUCCAAUGCCACGCAUACUUGGGUCAACCCAACUGGAAAGUGCAACUGCUGCGGUGAAUUGAUCGAUAACUGCGAGCUGCAUCAGCUGAUUGCUCAGGGGUGUGCGAACUUUUAAGCCAUGCCGGGGGACUGCUUCGGCUUCUGGUACACAAAAUAAACACGCUUUGUACUGUA